GUUUCCAAACGCUGGCAUUUUCUAUGCGCUCUAUUUUUUUCUAUGCGCUCGCGGUGACGUAGCGCGUGGGGCUUAGAGGAGCACUCGGGACAAACACAGCUGACUGCGCGCAUGCUAUCUCGGUGGGGACUUCAGCACAGACCCUAACGCUAGGUUACAGUCAUAUUGGCUUGGUGGAAGAUAUUUGCGGUGAAGAAACAGGCCGAAAACAGGGGAGGUGCCUGUACGGCUGUCAACAAAGGAGAAGAAAAAGAGGGGGAGUGUAGUCCAGAAGGACCGCUAUAACAACUAAUUCAUUGUCGCUCCAAACUGGUGGACAGACGGCUAAACUGCUCACUCAUUAGGCCAAAACACUCCUAAGCGUGGUGUUUUGAGGAGUUACAGGAGGUGACAUGGUGGACUACUAUAGCAUCUUGGGAGUGUCCAAAACAGCCACUCAGGAUGACAUCAAGAAAGCGUACCGUAAAUUGGCCUUGAAAUGGCAUCCUGACAAAAAUCCAGACAACAAGGAGGAAGCAGAGAAAAAGUUCAAAGAAGUCGCUGAGGCCUAUGAAGUCCUGUCUGACAAGAGCAAACGUGAUGCAUACGACAGAUAUGGAAAUGACAGAAUGCGACACACAGGUUCCUCCAGCUCAGACUUUACAGAAAUGCCCGGCUUCACCUUCACAUUCCGCAGCCCAGAUGAGGUGUUCAGAGAAUUCUUUGGUGGACAGGAUCCCUUUGCCAGCUUCUUCGAUGACUUCUCCUCAUUUGGAAGCUCAUCCUCUCGUCUCAGCCCGGGGCGAUUCUUCUCUUUUCCAUCAGGAGGAGUUGAAUUCUCCUCUUUCUCCACUACCUUGGGUGGUCUGGAUGGGAUGGACAGCAUGGGUGGAGGGAUGGGCAACUUUAGAUCAGUUUCUACUUCCACUCGCAUCAUAAAUGGAAAACGCACCACCACCAAGAAGUAUGCA